AUGGUUGUUUCCUCUCCCAAGCCGGCCAGUGAUGCCUCUCAACAAUCCACCCCCCUCUUCCAUAACCCUUACAUCCGCCCCGCCUUACCCUUCAUCAAUGGCGGCUUAUCCGGUAUGACGGCAACGGCUGUCAUCCAGCCAAUUGACAUGGUAAAGGUGCGCCUGCAGCUCGCCGGCGAAGGUGCCCGGACAGGACCCCGUCCUACAGCGCUAGGCAUCACAAAACAGAUCAUAGCUUCAGGCAAAUUCCUAGACCUAUACACAGGUUUAUCGGCCGGCUUGCUUCGACAGGCCGUCUACACCACCGCCCGCCUGGGAUUUUUCGACACUUUUGCGAACUCCCUGAAAGCCCGCGCCGACGCCGCGGGGAAGAAAGUCACCUUUGCCGAACGCGCCGCAGCGGGGAUUGGGAGCUGGUGGCCUGGCGGCCAUGAUCGGGAACCCCGCUGA